AUGGGAACAAGAGUGCUCACAAAAGCAAAUUCAUGUUUAUCAACCGACAUAUACGAAAAUUUCAACGAUCUAUGGAGGGACAAUCAGCACCAAACUUUCAGCGCGAAUACAAAUAAAUUCAAUGAAGAACAAGAGGACAAUUGUGGGCUCAAACUCUGCUAA